CUGUUGGCGUGAGUCGGUGAGUGAGUGAUUGAGUGCGGGUUAAUUUGUGUUGCUCCAACGAGAAAAAGUAAAAUACGAAAAUAACGAAUAAAAACAAAAAACAACAAGAACUUUGUUUUUGGGUUUGUUUAACGAUAUUUUGUUUUUGGUUUUCUAAUGCUGGGAAAAGAAACGAAAGAACGUGACGAAAUAAAACAAAUGAUAUCGAACGAAUAGAAGAAUCCAGUCGGGAACUUGUUGAAUGUCUAAAACACAGUGACAUACCAACAAUUAUUUGCAAGUGAAAUUAAGAAGAUUGUUUAAAAUUGUAUCAAAUUGUGUUUGGAUGUUUGUCGAUCGAUCCGGUGCGAAACAAGUGCUUUGAAGAUAUUUGGGUCGCAGUCGUUGUCUGAACCUUAAAUGAAAUAAAACGAGAAGUGCGAUCGAUCAUAACCUCAAUAUAUUAGCAAACAAAGUGAAGUGAAUAUUUGAAUUGGGGAAAGAGCCGGUGACCAGAGUGAACUGUUAUAAAACUGCACUCGCGCACAGCUUCUUCGUAAAUUCCCAAACGAUCCGAUAAACACAGCAUCAUAAAUCCACAAUGGACCUUUUGUGCACGGAAAAUAUAAUACACGAGUAUGAAACGGAAACAUUGUGUCACCACCAACAAACUCUUCAAAAACAGUCAACGUCGUCGUCGUCGCCGUUAAAAACAGAACAAAAACAGCUCCAACAAUCGUCAAUAAGCAACAACAACAGCAAUAUCUCGCCAACGUCGCUGUAUUCGAGCAGCUCAUCGUUGUCAUCGUCCAGUUGUUGCUCUUCAACAACAAAUUCAUCGGGCUACAAUUCGACCGGCAGUAGCAGCAGCAGCAGUAGUAGCAGUUGUCACUCUUCCAAAGUGGUGGCAUGUGAGGAAACUGCAAACUCUGCUUAUUUGGAAACAUGUGCUCCGACCCAACACCAACAACCGCCUCACAACCAAAAGCACUCCUCCUCCUCCGGGAGUGUGACAUCAUCGACAGGACAAAAUGUUUACACGAAUCACUUGAUACAUCGUUCAUUGGAUUAUGUGAACACAGCCACAGAAGACCCAACAUACUUGACCGAUCGAUGCCUGGAGAAUGCACUAAAGGCUGAAGAGAAGAGACCUCAGCCAAUUUGUACGUAUUUCAAAACGAUACAAAAGGACAUUACUCCGCCAAUGAGAAAAAUUGUGGCCGAAUGGAUGAUGGAGGUCUGUGCCGAGGAGAAGUGCCAAGAAGAAGUUGUACUUUUGGCCCUCAACUACAUGGAUCGCUUCCUGUCCACAAAAUCGGUGCGUAAAACCCAUUUGCAAAUUCUAGCUGCUGCCUGCCUCCUGCUUGCCUCAAAAUUACGUGAACCCAGCUGUCGGGCCCUGUCGGCCGAACUGUUGGUGUUCUAUACGGACAAUAGUAUCCACAAAGCCGAUUUGAUUAAAUGGGAACUGUUUGUCCUCAGUCGCCUGGGCUGGGAUUUGUCAUGUGUUACACCGUUGGACUUCUUGGAAUUGUUGCUGAUACGUUUGCCCAUCAGAAGUGCUGACUAUCCCGAUUUGGAUGUGGACAAAGUGCGACAACAUGCCCAAGCGUUCAUAUCGUUAGCCGCCAAAGAACACCAUUUUUCAAUGUACUCUGCCAGCACAAUUGCCGCUUCUUCGAUAGCGGCUGCCCUCAGCGGUUUAAACUGGCAUUUGCGUACAGGUCAAAAUUUACGCUAUCUACUUAAUCUUCUAACAGAUUUGACCAGUGUGGAACAGGAUAAUCUCCACGAUUGUAUGAUGCAAAUGGAAACAAUAUUCGAGGAACAUAGUCGCAAUUUGCAACCCUAUCUGGGUAGUGUGGAAUAUGUUCACCAGCAACAUCAAACCAAUAACUGCUUGAGUUCGUCCGAUAUCAGUUCAGCGUCAUCAUUAUCUUUGCCCGGUGAUGUUAUUACUGUUUCACCCACCAUUGGAAACCAAUCUCAAUACAAUCAGAAUCAGAGUCAUCAUCAUUAUCUUCAUAAUUAUCAUGGUUAUCACCAUGACGCCAAACACCUCCAGCCACAGCAGCAGCAGCAGUACAAUCAUCUUUAUCAGCAGCAACAACAACAACACCAUUUCAAAUCUCUACAUCAUCAUUCCACAGUGUCCACUUCUAUUUCCGCCAACUCGUCUUCGUCGUCGUCAUCAUCAUCGUCAUCCAGCCAUGAUGUGGUCAAUGGUAGUGUCACUGCCAAUGUCUUAUUACCCGAUUUAACGCAAACCUGCAAAAUGCAGGCCAAUGCCCAAAAAGAGGUGCAGGAUAUAAAAUUCUAAGUCGUAUUUUUAAGUUUUAUUUUCUAUUAUUAUUAUUAUUUUUAUCAUUUAACAACAAAACUUUGUUAAUUGUUUAUUUUAAGAAAAAAAAGAGAAAGAAACCACACACAGAACACAUUUGAAUUUGAAAAUCGAAUUAAUGGUCAGCAACCAGAAACACAGAACCAUUUCCCUUCUUUUCUUUAUCAUAUUUUUUUAAUAUUCCUUCGGUGCUUUGUUAACUUUUGUAUAGCAUUUUUACAAAAACAAAAAGAAAAACCUGAAUUGUAUUUUCAUGUAUCUUUAUAACUUUUUUUUAAAACUGAAUUUCUUCCUUUUAUUUUUUCUUCGCUACUAAAUUAAUUAGUAACUCUAACAGCAACAUAAUUUUAUGUUUCUUGUCAUUGUAAUUAUCAUUUAUACUUUACUACACCGCACAGUGUGUACCAAAAUAAGAACAUUAUUAGUAAGUGAUGCAUCAUAAAUUUGUCAGUGAAAUCUUGCAAAAAAAUAUUGCAAUCUAAUUCUUUUUUAAAUAAUUAUUGGUAUUUUUUGCAGUUCCACUUGAGAAACAUAAUUAUUGCAUAACAUAUGAUGCAUUAUAAAACUGAAUGUUUCUCGCUGUACUUUUUUGCAUACGUUUUGGAACAUCCUGCACACACCAAUAUAUAUUUUCAAAUCUUUUAAAGAUUGCCAAUUAACGGCGCCGCAAAAAUUUAAAUGUUCGGUUUUUGAAUAGGCUGUAAAAUGUCAUAUUUAUUAUAUAAAAAUACCUCUUAUUCAUACAUAUAUUUUAUAAUUUUUAACUUAAAAAGAAAUGUAGGUGAAAUAUAAAAAUAUAAAAAAAAAACUUGUGUAAAUAGUGUAUCAUCCUAAAGAGAAAAGGAGAACAUGUAACCCGCCCUUAAAAAAAUAAAAAAAAAAACACUUAAAUCAAAUACCUUUCGAGAAAUACAAAAAUUAAAAAUGGAAAUCUUUUGGCUGGCUGCAUGAGAAACCAGAAGUAAUUAUAGACUGAAUAAAAACAAACAAAAAGAAACUGAAAAUUAAAAAGCAAAAUAGAUUCUUUAAGAUUUUUACAUAUACACAUUUCAAAAAGAAGAAAGAGAAAACGGAAACAAAGCAAAAUAUACAUAUAUUUGAAAAAAGAAAAAAACUUUACCCACUGAAUUCAUCUAUGGAAUAUAAAAGAAAAUUUAAAACAUAUAUUAUUAAAAUAAAAUUAAGCUUUUAUAUUUUAAGCUAAUUUGUAAAAAAGGAUUGCAAAGAAAAAAAAUUUAAUUGGUAAUCAUUUGUUCAUAUAUGUGAAGAAAAUUGAAGAUAAUAAACAAGGAAAUAAGUGAAACUAAACUUUGUCACAAUUUCAACAUAUCCACACAAAACACACUGGAACUUCAUAUCCUCGCUCAUGUUACCAAACCUCAGAUUGGUUGCGCUCAGACAACAAACAAACAAGAUGUGAAAAAAGUAACAACAAAAACCAUUAUUAUAUUAACUAAUAUUUUAAGAGUAUAAAAGUAAAAAAAAAAUUAAAACAAAAACACAAAACAAAAUUGUAAAAAUCCCCAAACGCACAACGAUGUUAAUGAAACAAUGGCAGGGAAAUAAUUUUGAAACCCUUAAAUCCCCCCUUUUUAAUGUUUGUGAUGAAUAUUAACAAAACAAACCACAGUGUACAUACAAAUAAAACUAAGUUUUAAACUCUAAAUUUGCCUUAACACAAGGCAAACCACAGGCAACCAGGUGUUAGGGGAAGACAUAGACAUACGCUUUGCCUUAAAACUAACUGGCUAUAUAUUAGAAAACAACCCACUCGAGAAUUUCAGAAUGUCAUAAUAUUUGAGUCUGCUUGUGUCAGAAGGGCAAUAAAACUUAACACAACAGAAUACAGUGAACCAAAGACAUGCUUAAUACGACAUAAACGCUUAUUUUUAAAAACAAAAAACGACAUAAAAUCAUAGAAAACAUAUACUUGUAACAGAAAGAACCUUAAUUUCCCGUCAAAGAAUCCAUUCAAUUUGUAGAGCAAUUGCUUUUCAAAGGCUAAAAAGUUAUGCUUAGCCAAGCAAGUUUUUUCGAUACCAAUAUUGUUAGAAGUUAAAUUAUAAUCAGAUUGUUUUCGGCGAUCUUUUCCAAACUACACAUAUUUUCUACAGAUAUGUAAACAGAUAUAUAAAGGUAUCAUAUUCACUCAGAUUAUGUACAUUAAUGCAAUAUUCUUUAAGGAAGUAUAGUUUCUUGUUACAAGCUCACACACACAUACCACACCCUCCUUCCAGCCAUUUGCCCGCAUUAUAACCCUAAAUUGUCCUUCUAACCAGGGAAUUAUGCCAGGUAGUAAAAUUCAUCCCAAAAAGCUUUAACAUUACAAGAUGUAAACAGUUACUACUUGCAUAUGCCUGUGUUACACCAAAACCGAACUCAAAUAUUAUGCAAUUUACACUAAACGCUUACACAGAACUACAAAAAAAAAAAAAAACAUUAAGAAUAAAUCUUAACCAAACUUGUAAAAUUGAAAAAAAAAAACCAAUAAGAUAAUAUAAAUUAUACUAAGUUCAAUAGGUGUACAAAAUGGAAAAAAAGAAGAAAAAAUAAAACGCUUAUUUGCUACAAAAAAAAAAAAAAAAAAAAAAAAAAAAAAAAAAAACCACAGUGAACGUCGAUAAUUAAAAGCUUAGCAUUUAUACCCACUUAUCCAUGUAUUUGUAUAAAAAAUACUUACAUAUUAAAAAAAAUAAAAAUUAUAAAAAAAUUAUUUGUUUACAUAUUUUUAUCGUAUUUACCAACAUAAUAUAUGUAUAACCACGCCAACCUAACAUAUAUACCACCCGCAAAGGCAAUCUGUGACGAAAGCUUGCUUUGUUGAACUGUAUUUUAUUCCUGCAGCAAAUUUAAGAAAUGAAAAGAAACUUGUUUAAGCUUUCUAGCUUUAAGUGUAUUUUUGUACUUUGUAAGAUUUUAGUCUUUAGUUGGUGCUAUCAACCUCUCUGGCACCCUCGUAAAUCAAUCAACAAAGAUGUUUUGUCAAAAUUCAAAUAGCAUAAAAGAAGAAAUACAUACCAUAUGAUGCUGGGUCUUAUUUUCAAACAGAAGAAUAUAUGUUGUGAAAAUCAAGCGUUGCCAGCAUUGUACCUCCAGGUGAAAUGAUGGUUAAUAGAAUUGGAACCACUACAAUGAAUACAAAAUACGAACAAUUUGUUGGUUUUAGUAAAAGCAAAAAGGACUGUGUUUUUUCAAAGAAGAAGAAUUGAAAUAAAAAGAAAAACAUUUUCCUCAAACCAAUAAAAUUCAAAUAUAAAAUUA